CAGAGCGUUUCGAACGAAAAGGUUGAUCGGUAGUAAGAAACGAGGAAUGGAAGCCGACUGUCAUUCGCUAGUAACUUCUUCAAGUUGAUCAUUGCAAUGCGUAUAGGCAAAACAGCCAUUGGAUAUGCCUGUUAAUUGAUUUUGGACUACCAUUCUUCUAGCAGAUUGUGAAUAAUACUAUAGAAAAAAAGGGUGUGACGGUGUGGUUUUUCUACCUGGACUCGAACGCCGCGGGCUCCCAUCUCAAACUGGUCUUCAGAGGUAGGAGGCAUCACUUUACUUACCCACAACUUACGCAAUCGGAGGCUACAGACCCGAACUGUCAACUCUGGACAUUUUCAUGCAUAUAUUAAUCACUGGGCUGAAGUUGCCUAAUUAUACACUUAUAUCAGAUUGCUGGUGUGUAAGCAUUUGUUGUCUAUCUGAAUCGAGAAAUUAAGAGAUCAACCAAUCGGAUUUAAUGCACAAUAAUUCAUCAGAUUUCGCCACUGGUUAGAUAAGAACCAUCCUUAUCACUUACAACGUGGGCAAUCUUCUACUUAUUGAUUGACCUCACUUGCCGCAGACCUCGGAGGGAACGAGUUUAGAUCCUGGAGAGCGUGCUACCUUGUGUUUACAGACUUUCUAUCUUCUGUGGAUUUGUUUACGGAUCAUUCGUGGAAUUCUUUGCGAAUGUUUAUUUUCCUCUGAAGUGUAAAUAUCUCAACAUCUUCGUGCAUGCGAUAACGAUACAUUACUGUUAUCUUUUUUCACAAAGUAUUUAUCAAUCGACUCUGGCGCGUUUCAGGGUGAGAUGUGUUCAGUUACCAAACUGAAAUGUUCCAUGCAUCAGUUGGUAUCAUUUGGUGAUAUUUGAGUGUUGCUUCUUUUAGGAUAUGGGUGCUGGGAUGGUAAAAGGUGGAUCCAUCCUUGAUAGCCUACCUCCAAACCAACCAUUACACGUAGUCAUGAUCGGGUUGGACUCUGCUGGCAAAACUACAGCCUUGUACAGGCUGAAAUUCGACCAGUACAUGAACACUGUACCGACAAUAGGAUUUAAUUGCGAAAAAAUUAAAGGAACUACGGGUAAAGCCAAAGGAACUAGUUUUUUAGUUUGGGAUGUUGGCGGACAAGAUAAAUUAAGGCCUUUAUGGAGGUCGUAUACGAGAUGUACUGACGGCAUAGUGUUUGUUUUGGACAGUGUUGACCAAGAACGUAUGGACGAAGCGCGUAUGGAACUUUUGAAAACGGUACGAUGUCCUGAAAAUUCAGGAGUUCCCAUUCUAGUCUUAGCAAACAAACAGGAUUUACCGAAUGCAAAAGAACCAGCGGAAGUUGAAAAGAUUUUAGGACUACAUGAAUUAGGGCCCAAUGUUUUAUGGCAUGUGCAACCAGCUUGUGCUAUAAUUGGUGAAGGACUUGACGAAGGGCUAGAAGCUCUGUAUGAAAUGAUUUUGAAGCGCAAAAGGUUAGCAAAAUUAGCGAAAAAGAAAGGAAGAUUUCCCACUUGUAGAUGAGUGACACUGAUGUUGAAAAGAAAUAAUAUUGAUAUAUUCUGUGUUGAUAUAUCAGCUGUAUACUGAACUGAAUAUAUUUAUUUGAGAGAAAAUGUACAGCAUAUGAAUUCUGUGGGUAUUUUUUUUUUUAACUUCAUCAAAUUGUGUAUGAAUUAAGUCAUUUUGUCUAUAAAACUACCUCUUUAUUACUUUCUAUUAUCUAAUAUUUUUAGUUACAUUUUGCAUCAUAAUCCUAAUCUAAUCAUAAAUGUUUUUUUUAUAUAUUUUUGACAAAUAUUUAAAUUUAAAAAAAUAUAAUCAGUUUCUAUAAAUUUUAACUCAAUAAAAAAUCUGUCUGUUAUUAACCAAAUUUAAAAAAGUAUUCAUAUUGCAAUACUCAGUUGAAUAAUUCGGAAAUAUGCAAAAUAAUCAUUCUGGCAUUUCAAUAAUAACUGACAUUGAACUGCCGGAAUGAUCUUUCUACAGCUGUAUUUUUAUCUUAUUCAUUAUGAGAAAGAAUUCUCACAACAUUUCGAAAAACCUUCAUUGUAUGAUUGAUAAUUUGUCAUUUGCUGAGUGAGUUAUUAUAAAUGGAACAAAAUAUCAUACAUGAAUAAUUCAGAAAUAUAAGCUAUUUCUUGUGCACAUUUGUAAUUAUAUAUUUUUAGUUAACUUAUAGUAUUGACUAUUAAUUGCAAGGAAUUUAUUUAAAUUAUUUUUAGUAUUGAAUAUAAUUGAAAUAUUUCCAUACAAAGGGAGAAAAUAGAAGUUUGAGAGCAUUUUUCAAAUAAAUUAUAUUUUAGAAAUUUAUUAUGAUAAAAUACAGUAUUUAUAAAGCAACCUUUUCUUUUUUUCACCAAUAAUCAAAUUUUAUUAAAAAAUUAUCAAUGAUGAAAAAUAAUUUUUUAAAGCAUACAUUUGUUUAAAAUUAAUUUUUAAAAACUAUUGAAUGCUAUUGGCACUCAUUUUUCACUCACUGUUAACAGCUGUAUAUAUCUGUUCUUUAACCACAAUACAUUUGGAAUUUGGUAAUAUUACCAUGCUAAAAAAAGCUGUUCAUUCUUUUUUUUUAAUAUUAUACCUACUAAUGUGAAGUUUCUAUGAAAUAAUUGGUUAAUAUUCUUUUUGCUGUGUGAAAUUUUGAACAGCUUUUUCUCUUUUAAUGAAACUUGCCUAUCACCAAUAAGUCAUUCACAAGAUGCUAUUCUUUCUCUGGAUCAUGAGAAUCAUUUACUUGUUGGCACCAUUGUUUUACAAUUAAUGUUGCUUGCUUACUAAAUUUUGUCUUGCUACUUGCUCACCAGAUUGAGCAAGUUGUACUAUGAAUUUUUUAUAUCCAAGAAUAUAAAAUCCUAUUGCAUAAUCAUGCAAAAUAGUUUUUAAUAAUUUUUUGACAUCUCUAGAAACCACAGAGUUGGCAAAAAUAUGAGCCUACAGCUUAUGAUUACAAAGCUAGUAAUUAUUAAUUCUAUUCUUCCCAUUUAGACCUUUUAGCUGAUUGGUAAAUUGCAGCAAUUAUUUUUUCUCAUCAUUAAAAAAAAACUUUUUAACUUUAAAAAGAAAGUUAUUUAAAAAUGGAACAAAAGUUUAUGAUAAAUAAUUCAAAUGUGGUUAUUCAACACAUUCUAAUAAAUGAUUUUGGAUUCAUUUUUUUUUAUCAAGUAUUUAGCUGAAAUUCAAAUGGAAAUGUUACCAAUAUCCACAAUAAAAAUUUCUUGAUAUACAUAAUCUUACUUUGUAUUCUCACAGUUUUAGCAAACAUAUUGGAAAAGUCCUAACAUUUCUCAUCUCCACAUAAAAAUUAAAAUUUAGUUAUUAUUUUGAUGACAUUGGCAUAUCUUUGUGUAUUAUUGCUGUUCUAACAAAUAAUUUUUGUUAUAUGUAAGCUAGACUACAUGUGUGGUAUUAUUGCACUGGUGUAUUAUUGAUUUCCAUUUGUAUAAUACAUCUGAAUGAUUUAAUGAAAGAGUUUGUAAAAAAAAUCUUUCAUAAUAUUUUUAUAAAAAUUCAAUUAACUUUGAUGUAGACAUCAUACUAGAAUUCUUUUAUAGUCUUCUGUUAGAAUUUCCUUUUUGAUUAACUGGAAAGUUGUAAUUUCAAUUUUUUCAUUAUAUUUUAUCUUAAAUCAAAUAUUUGUACUUCAUAUACUCUGGUAAAUUAUUUAAAUCAAU